AUAAUUUCCAGUUCUUUGUCUGAUAAUCCAGGUUUCCAAGUGGCAUGCGCCUCGUUGUAAUGAGUUCAUCCAUCUUGUUGCUGAUUGUUCGCUUCCUCUUUUUCUUUCAACUUCUCCAAGCAUUACAGUACUUUCUAAACAACGGGUCUUGUCAUAGUAUGCCAAAAACAUGAUGGUUUUAUUCUGGUCAUUUGUACACACUGAUGCAAUUCUAUGGCUAGGUAUCGCCAGCCCACAGAAAAAAAUUGCCCUCCUGUCGAGAUUUUACAGUCAUAAAAACAUUCGUCGGAAAAUUUUUAGUAUCACAAUACACAGCAUUUAAAUAUACCGCCCUUUGAACUCGCUGUAACCUAUACACAAACGAAAACAGCGCAAUUCUGUCAUUUUUCCCUCUGAUAGGUGUCGCCGAAGAGCCUGAUGUUUAGAAACGCGUGCACAGUCUACUGUUACAGUAAAUGGCUCUACUUUUAUUGCCAAAUCCAAAUACAGUGUUUAUUGACAUAUCUUUUAUUCAGAUAAUAGUUAGGAAUUUGAAGUUCCUCACUUUUAAUAUUUGUGUGAAUUGUCUUUUUUGUGCAGGCGAGUUAAGGGCAUACUGCUAUGGGUCCUCAGAGCGGAUGUCAUAUUUUCGCCAUGUCCGCAAGUUUCAGCGUCAAUUUUAUUGUAUGUGAAUUAGUGGUUGUUUAUUAGGCGAUUUUAAAUAGAAAUCACGGAUAGGUGAAGUAAUGUUUGAUCAUGAUAUAUCCUCUUACACGGUUAGAUAAGUAUUUUGCAGCCCAGUAAAAACUGGAGCCGCAUUUGGUGUAUGGGUAACAGAUACUGGGCCGUUUUAUCUUUCCAUUAAUUAUAAUUUAUUUACGGUUUUUAGCGCUGUCACUUGCGAACGAAACUGCCGCUUAUCGUUGAGUUUGACAUAUAUGAAAAUCUAGAAUAAAUAAUGGCCAGUGAAUCCCAGAUGUCACGAAGCGAUGCCCUGGUCUCCGGGCAGCCGUCCUGGGCUUAUGGAUCUGCCGGGACCCAGCUCUCCGAUAUUAUGCAGCCGGUCCGUGUGAGCGGCACCGCGGAGCUCUCACAGCUGUACACCGAAACCUCAGUCGAGAAAGGUCCAGUUUACUUGGUACAGGAAGAGGGAUCGACGCCGUGUUUGCUCAGUUUGCGAUGCCCCCCGGAAUGCAGAGACAUUAUAACCAGUGUGCUGGUGGUUAGCGAAGCGCGGACUAUGGAAGUGUACUCUGGGACGGGGGAGUACUGCGGUACGUGCCGUGGAGAACCAGAUCCCGGUUUGUACCUCGGCAGUGCUGAAGAAAGAGACCCCCUCUAUAAGAAACACCUAAUAUUAGAGACUCCGUCGCCAUCCUGUGAAGUGAAGCUGCUGUCUCUGGGUGGGCGAACAAGGGUGGGGGUCAGCCGGAUCGUGCUGGGCCUGAAGACGGCCGACACGCAGGGAGGCUCCCCGCCGGCCCUGGGGCCGGGUAUCGACCUGCGUCGCGUGCAGGCCAUGGUGGGCUCCAUGGACACUGCCCUCUCCCCCGGGGCUCAGAGCCUGAUGGAUCUGGUGCAGUUCCAGCAGCAGAGUAAGAUGGAUGCCCUGGGUGGGUUUCUGCCCCUGCUCAUGGGUGGGGGAUCCCUGGCCUCUGUGGUCAAAGGCGCCCCCAAGCCUGGAGGCGGGGGAGGUACAGUGAGACACAUGGACAUCCCGGAGCCUGCUGAAGGGGGCGUGUCACAGAACGUCGCCCUGGGGCUGAGACCUCAGCCGCGAUCCAGCGGACGGUUCGGGCUCCCCAACGGAGACAUUGAGGGCCCCGAGCUGGCCAGGGCGGUGUCAUCCCUGUUGAACGGUCACCCGGGGGAGAACCCCGACCUGCUCUCGGCCCUGCAGGCAGUUUGCGGGAAGGUGGGCGGACUCCACAUUGAGGACGACGCCCAGGAGGGCUGUCCAUCAGCAGGCCCACGACAGGAGCACUCAUGCUGCAGGAGCCUGGAGCAGGCCUUGGAGAAGCAGCUGCAGGACAUGGAGAGAAGACUCACCCAGCACAUCGACCAGCGGCUGGACUCCCUGCAGCAGGGCCUGGAGCGCACCCUGCUGGCCGGUCUGCACACAGCACUCCUGCCCCGUGCCGCAGAGGACAUUACCUCUGGUGGCUGCCACUGCAGCGCGGGCCUGCUAAACGGCGAGUCGUGACCCCAGCCCGACACCUGAGUGAGUGACACUUGGAAGAGCCAAUCAGCUGCUUGGAAACUGCUUCUUCUGUGUCGUCGUGUGUGAUUGGACAGUUAAGAAGGAACUUUGUGGUUGGUUAUGUCACCAGCAGCACUGCAACAUUAGUGUAUGAUACUGUAAUGUACUAUGCAAGUUAAAUGUUUUUUUUUUUUUCUACUGACAAACCUGGUUAAAUGGCUGCCAGGCGCAAAGGUUAUCUUCAUCCGUAUCGAUCAUCGUACUGUCUUGCAGUAUUACAAGGACCUCUGUCAGCUUAUGGUAUGGAUUGAAUUAAUGCACUACUUCCAGAGGCAGACACCCCCAAAACGAGUUAAAACCUGAAUGGUUUUUCCAUUUCUUUCAUCAAACUUCAGGUGAGAUUAUACACUACUGCAGUGGUUGAAGACUCCUGGUUUUUAUACGCAGCGGUGUCUGUACAGUGUCUUGCAGACCACCGGUGAUUCGCAGACAGGCCUAAUAAAGGCGUGUGGUUUCUUUAGACCAUCUCACCUUACACUCUGAUGCUGUCCUUUCCGAACGUGUCCUAACUGCCGACAUCCUGUGACGUUAAAAACGUGGCACAUUUGAGUCAGUGUCGGAACGUACGCGGAUAAACAUGAAUCAUUAAACAGCUGAAUGUCCACUGGCCGCCUCUCUUGUCCUGUUUGCACUGUAGCAGUGGCAGAACACAAAAAGGCCCCGCAAGCCGUAGUCAGCGGGAAUUUCGGGACGGGAGAGCGCGAGUACGGAAGAGUCGCGUAACAACGACACGUUCCCCUAUUCUGUGUUUUAUGCUAAGUGACAAGGAACACAUGUUAGCAUGUAGCUUAACUAUUAACAGGGUUGGAAAUUAAGCUUGUCGAGAAAUGUAGACGACAGGUGAGUACAAAAACAACUGAACGCUAGCCUGCUGGCUAGUAAAAAAAAAAAUGUACGCAGGGCUGUCGAAGUUAACGUUUUAACGUUCAUUUUAUAGUCAUGGAAAAAGAUUUUUAGCGGAAAUCCGUAGCACUGGAAAAUAGAUUGAAAAGAAAGUGAAAAAAGGAACUAGAUUUAAUGCAUUGUCCAUGCAUGAUGUUCAUCCAUCCAUUUUCUGUAACUGCCCAUCCCAUUAAGGAUUGCGGGGGGGCCAGAGCCUGUUCCGGAGGCUACAAGCGUAAGGCAGGGAACAUCCCAGGAUGGGGGGCCAAUCCAUGACAGGGCACAUUCACACACCAUUUGCACCUAUUAGCAAUUUGGUCAUUCAGUUAACCUCAGCAUGUUUUUCGAUUUGGGGGGGGGGGGGGGCAGGAAUCUCACGACAACAAGGGGAGAAUAUGCAAACUCCACAUGUGUGGAACCUAGGCUGGGACUCGAACCCAGGUCCCAGAGGUGUGAGACAACAGUGCUGCCGCAUCCAUGCGUAAUGUGAACAUGAAAAACACGAGGAUGUAAUAAUCCAUAAGAUUUUGUAUAGCUGUGUUACCAUGUGGUGAUCUGAAUGAAUAAAUGGUUUAUGGAAAUUAAUGAUGUACUGAAAAAACGCUUAU